UUUUUAAACUUAAAAAGAGUAAACAUCGAACGAUUACUUCUCUUUCGCCCUCUUCUACGUCGUGCGACGACAAUGGCCUAUUAUCUAAAUGAGAGGAAUAUAAUCACAGAAAGUGAAGACGAAAGACCAUCAAAAACAAUUACAUCAAUUUCCAAUCAAAAAAUGUUAAAAAUUCACAAAAAUUCAUCAAAUUUUACAGAAAAUAAUUCAUUUUUGGAUAAAUUGUCACCUUCUGAUCGGGCAAAGAAAUUUGCGGCAAUUGCGUGUGGAGAAGAUGAAGUUAAGAGUGGAAUGAAUCUUGGAAUAGGGAGUGGAACGACUAUGAAGUUUUUUAUUGAUUGGUUACAAGAAACGAUUGAAAAUGGAAAUUUGGAAAAUAUUAAAUGUGUUCCGACAUCUUUUCAGACUCGAGUUUGGUUAAAUAAUGCUAAUUUGCCUGUCUACUGUUUAGAUCAACUUAGCAAUUUAGAUUUGGCUAUUGACGGUGCCGACGAAGUUGAUAAAGAUUUAAAUUGUAUAAAAGGGGCCGGUGGUUGUUUAUUACAAGAGAAAAUUGUCCAAAAUUGUGCUAAACGUUUUGUUGUUAUUGGUGGAUUUGAUAAAUAUUCUGGAGGUUUUGGACGUGUUGCAAAGAGUAUUCCGAUUGAAAUUGCUCCGUCAAGUCUUGUCCCUGUACAGAAAUGGAUUACUGAAAAACAUGGAGGAAAGUGUAUAUUAAGAAUGGAUUCUCGAAAAUGUUUUCCAGUAAUUACAGAAAAUCAUAAUUAUUUGUUAGAUUGGCAUUUUCCAAUACCUGUAAGUGAUCAUUUUGAUUGGAAUUUAGUUAAUAAUAGUUUGUUGUGUAUUCCAGGUGUAACAGAGACGGGAUUAUUCCUCAAUGUUAUUGAUGCUGCUUAUUUUGCUACUCCGGAUGGAGAAAUAAAAAAAGCAACAAAAUGA